AACGAGCGCCGCGGUUCAAAAGCCAGCCUGGCGACUCUCUGCCACGCAGGCGCAGGCGCAAACGGUCGGGCGCAGAGCCGCUGGCAUGGCCUUCGUCAACCUGGUGGUAAGGAGGCGGCCCAAACUCUACCGGUCUGUGAUUGAAGACGUAAUUGAAGGUGUUCGGGACCUGUUUGCCGAGGAGGGCAUUGAAGAGCAGGUGUUAAAAGACUUGAAGAAGCUCUGGGAGACCAAAGUUUUACAGUCUAAAGCGACAGAGGACUUCUUCAGAAGUAGUGUCCACUCGCCCCUGUUCACCCUUCAGCUGCCACAUGGUUUACCGGCGCUGCAGUCCACAGCAUCGUUGCUGGUCCCCGCUGGUAGACCUCUCCCGAGUUUUACACCGGAAGACCUGAAUACCUCCAGCUGUGGUGCGAACUUUGCCUUUCCUGGCUAUCCGAUCCACGUCCCAGCGGGUGUGACCCUGCAGACCGCCUCUGGUCACCUUUACAAAGUUAAUGUACCAGUCAUGGUGACACAGACUUCUGGAAGAACAGAUAUUCUCCAGCACCCAUUUCAGCAAGUCCUGCAGCAGCUGGGGCAACCUUCACUCAUACAGACCAGCGUUCCGCCAUUGCACCCCUGCUCGCUCCCAGCAGCUCCCGAGAAGUCGCACCGAAUGGAACCUGUGCUGCUACAGCCUGCCAUUCUGCAUUCCACUCCAGUAGAGAGGAAACACUUAGAAAAUGCUACCACCGAUAGGCGUGGUCUCCCUGGAAAUGAGCAUAAGGCUGUGCCGGAAACUUUGCUGAGGCCACAGGAAAGCUCUCAGUACAUCAACCUUCCAGGUGUGGGGUUUCCGCCUCAUGUCACCCUAACAGAGUCUAGCCUGGAGCCGGUGCUGGGUGUCUCAGCAAACAUGACUCAGAACCUGCAUGGUGGUCCUUUCCCCCAGGGCCCUCAGGGAGCUCUCCAUCACCACAUGCUCGACACCCAACUUCAUGGCCUUAAAGACAGGAUGUAUGGAUGUGACUCCUUAAAGGAACUGAGGAAAACAGAGGAGCCCGGCAGCCUCCCUGCGUCAGAGAAGAAUUCUACUUCUGAGAGGGACCUGAAUAUUCAGGUAACUGAUGAUGAUAUUAACGAAAUAAUUCAAAUAGAUGGAACUGGUGAUAACUCUUCCACUGAAGAAGUGGGAAGCAUAAGAGACAUAGACGAGAAUGAGUUCCCAGGGAUCUCGGACGCAGGCGACCUUAAGGUGCUGGAGGAAGAAGCUGACAGUGUGUCCAACGAAGAUUCCACAGCCAACAGCAGUGACAACGAAGACCACCAAAUAGACACCAUGGAAGAGGAUCCUCUAAAUUCCGGAGAUGAUGUCAGUGAGCAGGACGUGCCAGACCUGUUUGACACAGAUAAUGUAAUUGUCUGUCAGUAUGAUAAGAUUCACCGAAGCAAGAACAGAUGGAAAUUCUACUUGAAGGAUGGUGUCAUGUGCUUUGGAGGGAGAGACUAUGUAUUUGCAAAAGCCAUUGGUGAGGCCGAGUGGUAAAUGCUAGAAGCUCAGUACAUCAGCUCUGUGAACCUACGUGGGACUGGUAUAUUGUAUGCUGUGAACCACAUUUUUAUUUUAUAUGUAGUCCAUCAAAGAGUUGAUUAACUUUUUGUUCACUAUAUGGAAUGAAAUAAAUUUAAUGAAAUAAAAUGAUAGUUCAAAUGCAGAUACA